CCCACCAUAAGAAGCAAUCUUUAAGAGAAGAAAGAGCAAGCAGCAACAUCACCAUUCUCUUUCUGGAUCUCACCAAACUCACUCACCAUCAUCAUAUCUGACACACACUUCACUUUCCAAAUACACUCCAACCCCAACAUGACAAAUUAACAACAACCCUUUCCCUUUUCAUCAUUCUAUUUUACUUUAUUUUCUCCCAAACAAAACAACCUUUGCCUCCUCCUAACUUGUCUUUCCAUUUGUCCUCUCUCCAAGACCUUACAUCUUCUUUGUGUUUCUUUCUUCUUGGAAACUGUGUAUGGAAAUGGAGGAUUUUACUUCAACCAGAAUCAAUGAGUAUGGUUCUUCUUCUUCUCUUGUUUUGGAUAGAGAAAGAGGAGAGCUUGUGGAAGCAUCCGUGAAGCUGGAACGCAAAGGUGUUUCACCUGAGAGAACUAUUGAAGCUUUGAAGAAUCACAGUGAAGCUGAGAGGAGAAGAAGAGCAAGAAUUAAUUCACAUCUUGAUACCCUUCGUACCGUUAUUCCAGGUGCUAAUAAGUUGGACAAAGCAUCUUUACUAGCUGAGGUUAUUACACAUUUGAAAGAGCUAAAAACAAAUGCAGCACAAGCAAGUGAAGGACUAAUGAUUCCAAAAGACAAUGAUGAGAUAAGAGUUGAAUCACAAGAAGGUGGAUUAAAUGGUUUCCCUUAUUCGAUUAGAGCGUCACUAUGUUGUGAAUACAAACCAGGUUUAUUGUCUGAUAUAAGACAAGCACUUGAUGAACUUCAUCUUAUGAUAAUAAGGGCAGAGAUUGCAACUUUAGGAGGUAGAAUGAAGAAUGUCUUUGUCAUAAUAAGCUGCAAAGAACAGAAUUUCGAGGAUGCUGAGUAUCGACAGUUUCUCGCUGGAUCGGUUCAUCAAGCUCUUAGAUCUGUUCUUGAUAGAUUUUCUGUUUCACAAGAUAUUAUAGAAACUAGAAAGAGGAGGAGGAUUUCUAUAUUCAGUUCUUCAUCUUUAGGAGAUUUCUUAUAAAACUUGUUUUUUGUUGUUGGUAUAUUCACAUGUGAUGUGAAUCUUGGGUUGUACAUGUGUUGGGAACUUUUGUAGAUAGCUAGGUUGAUACCUGAUUUAAGGAUGUUUCAAUCUUUUGACCAAACACACAAUGAAUGAACUUGUUUUAUGACAUUGUACUUUGUUUGGGGAGAAAUUUAUGUUGACAAAACUUCUCUUCUUUUGAGUAUUAA